AUUACAAUCAUGGCUUCGAGGCUGCUUUUGCUGAGAAGGCUCUCGAGGUCGGUGAAGCUCUCACUAGCAUUCCCAUCUUCAAAUUCUUACUCUUUGGUUCAUGGGACCCGGCUUCUUCCUUUAAAGGGGUCACAAAUUCUGGGUUUCUUGGAGAAUUUUCAUCUGCCUCCUUCUUCAAUUCCUUCCCGAAGCUUUUGCUCUCGCAGUUUGAAUGUUGAAGGCCCCACUGCUAUUGAUUACCGUUCUAUACUGCAGGAGGAUGAAUUUCACAAACUGGCAGAUAUUACUAUACAUGAACUACAAGAGAAACUCGAGGUCUAUGGAGAUUCCGUUGAAGUUGAUGGAUUUGACAUAGACUAUGGGAAUGAUGUGUUGACUGUAAAACUGGGGGACCUGGGCACCUAUGUGUUAAACAAACAAACACCAAAUAGACAAAUAUGGCUGUCUUCUCCCAUCAGGUUGUACCACUCUGGAUAGUUAUUGACAUUGAAGUUAAAUCCCUUUGACUUGUCAUUGGUCUUACCUUAUCAACGUAAAUGAGGUAGUAGGUGGUAGAAAUGCGAUUGCAAAACUCCGCCAAGUAAUUAACUGGUUUAAAAUCUCCUCUCUGCCGUUUUUGAAAUUUCUGACAUACAGGAUUUGAGAUGAGGAAAGAUUUAUGUGCAGUGUUUGCGAAAGAACCCAUUUACUCAUGUUGGUUUUCACUUCUGUAAAAAUUCUAACGUUUUCAUAUUCAAACAAUGAGUAGGGAGGAGAUUUGAUGUUUAUAGUGUGUCUUAUAAUUUUGAUGAGAUGGCUGUAGUCGUAGUACCCUGUAUGUGGAGAUUUGAAUACUUCAUCCUUCCAAGAACAUAGGUAGACAAACCUAUUGAUGCACUUUUGAAAGAGUAUCUUACAAGCAUCAUGUGUCCUUUCUUUUCUGACGGUUACUUCAGUAAAUCACUAGUUUAGCUCUCAUUGACGUUUUGAUUGGUUAUAGUGAUUUAGACUAUCUUGUUACUUUGGAGGCCUCUGUUAUUCCAAAUCUACAGGUUUAAUUAUAUUUGUUGAAGGAUAAUCCAAUGGAGAACAUUGUGAGUUUACUCACCAUUGGACGUAUUCUGCGUCUAAGUAUAAGCAUUAAACUAAGAAUCUUGAGAUGCAUUUUAAGGGUGAGAAAACGCAAACCUAUGGCCCUCUAUAGAGUUUUCUUUUUUUGAAGCAAAGACAUGUUGGUCUUCUGCACAAUUAUCAGAUGCAGCCAUGCAGGAAACUUUUAUCCUUAUCAUGGGCGUAUCGCUCGUCUAAUAUAGCCAAGGUCAGGGCGGUUGCUCACUGAAAAAAGUGUUUUUGGUCUGCACC